GCUUUUUAGCUUCCAGCCUCCAAGUCAUCUCUACACUACACUAUGGGACUUCGUGCAGAGCUUGCGCCGCGCUCGUUUGACAGUCUCGAGAGGGCUGAAGCGAAAAGGCUGCAGUUGACCUUUGCACCAAGUGUUGGCAAGAAGUUCCGGCUUGCGCUGCAUCAGGAUGCUUCUUUGGGCAUCGCUGGGGUUCUCUAUGACUGCGCGCUGCUGUUGGCGCGACGCCUUGUUGAAGAGCCCCGGCUGCUGAGCGGCAAGGUGGUGGAGAUUGGCUGCGGGACAGGCUGCGCGGGCCUCGCAGCAGCAGCACUUGGUGCAGAGGUCCUGCUGACUGACCGGAGCGAGCGGGCCCUUCAAGUCGCAAAGCAGUCUGCGAAGGAGAGUGGGCUUACAGUCUCCUGUCAGCGUUGGGACUGGGCAGAUCCGUUGCCCCUGGAAUGCCGUGGAGCAUCCACUGUGAUUGCAACGGAUGUGGUGUACAGUGAGGAUGUCUCGGCUUUAUUGAAUGCUCUCGAAGCACUGGCAGCACCUGGUUGUGUUGUGCUUCUGGUAGCAAAGGUGAGAAGUCCUUCUUCUUUGGCCGGACUGCGCUCCUUGUUGAAUGAAGCAAGCCACUUAUUCAAGGAGUGCGUUCCACUUUCGUUGCAGCCUGCAGCACAGGCAACGCUACAGCUGGCAGCAAAGGACCUUCCUUUGCCAGAUGUGCAAGACAAGGCUGUGUAUUUCUACAGGUUGGUGAGGUAGCUAUUUUAAUCAGCAGGACUUUGAGUGUCUGCAAAGUGAAG